AUGGCCAGUCACCGUCCUGGGCAGGAAAAGAAAUCAUUGUCAUCAUCACUCAAAACCGCUCCAGUUCACCUUCCUCCUCCUCCUUCUCCGUCCUGUCCUUUCUGUGGCAUUGCUUCAGCCUAUCCACCCGUUCGACCCACUUCAUCAGCAGCAGCAGCAAGAGCAUUACAGCGAGAUGCAAAUGCAGAUGCAAAUGCAGAAGCAAGACCACGAGCCCACCUCAUCCUCUCAACGAAACAUGUCCUCGCCUUUCUGGACAUUAUGCCCCUGACGAAAGGCCAUGUUCUGCUCGUUACGAGAGGUCACUGGGAGAAGUUGGGAGAUGUGGGUGUGGAAGUUGGGAAAGAGCUAGGAAAAUGGCUACUGGUGAUCUCUCGGGUUGUCACCAGGACUGUCCUGGGAAGGGAUCAGGAGGCGCAUUGGAAUGUAGUUCAGAAUAAUGGCACACGAGCCGCCCAAGUCGUACCCCAUAUCCACUUCCAUAUCAUUCCCAGACCAGCAGACAAUGCCUCCUCUAGUAGUAGUAAUACCACUGCUGCUGCCAGAUCCCCAAGCUGGACGAUGUUCGGCCGCGGACAGAGGGAAGAGCUAGACGAUGAGGAAGGGGAAAAACUCGCGCGGUUGAUGCGGGAAGAGCUAGCCAGGGAAGUGAAGCGUAUCAAGGACGAGGAGGGGAUAGAUCUUGAUCUUGACGACGAUAAUGACAAUAAUGGUGAUUAUCGUAAUGUUCGUGAUGUGAAUGGGACGGUGACGACAAAAGGGAGGGGUUUGGAGAAGUUGUAG